AUGUCGGGAAUUGCACAAGCGCCGGUCGCCAAAGAAGACGAUGAGCAGGAAGAGUUCAACUUCGAUCCUAUCAAAUACUGGGGAACCGAUCAGGCAGAGACACGCACGGGUCUGGAUCCGGAAGCGAUCGACAAGCUGGAAGCGCAUUAUUCGUAUUAUUUACAAGACGGCAUGUCUGUCUUGGAAAUUGGCGCUGCCGAAGAUUCAUAUUUGCCUGAUACUAUAAAACCAAGUCGCCACGUGGGUGUUGGCGCGAGUGGACCCCUCAUGAAGCUGAACCCUUCUCUGACCGAUACCAUGAUCAUCGAUCUUAAUAAAGUAGUUGAGGGCCGGGAUGUCGACGACGAUGACUUUCGCCGUUUGGCACAAGACCCUUUUGAUGCCAUCAUCAUGGCCAAUACCGUCGACUACCUGACAUCUCCUCGCGAAGUCUUCCGCAGCGCGUGGUAUCUCUUGAAACCCGGUGGUAUCAUGAUUGUCUCAUUUAGCAGCAAAGAAGCGUCGAAGGACAAGUUCACACACGCCCAAACGAAAAUGUGGAGCGAGUACAACGACGACCAGCAUAUGUGGAUCACAGGAAGUUUUUUCCAGUUUUCUGCCGCCGACGGGUGGGAAUCCCUCAUGGGCUUUGAUAUUUCUCCC